UUUCCUAAGCUGUUGACAAUUCGUAUCAUCCCAAGGUCACGUAAAUUAAUAAUUCACGCUAUUAUCCGGGUAAGGAAACGAGUCCGAUCCAAACAACACGUCGGCCUAUGCUUUGAUCAAGGCGUCGGUCGACGGCAAUCGGUGACUAUAAACGAACUGUCAGUCGACUUUCGAUAUCCUAUCACUGAAGAUUUAUUUCAGUAAAUAAUUUUUUUUAUUUUUUUGGAAAAUUAACCUAUCACAAAUGCAGUUUUACUUUCCCCUUAUUACUAAUUCAAAUUUGCGCAGAAAGACUGGCCUUUUUUGCUCUUUCGUGUCACAAACCUCACAGCUUUCCGGCAUUAUACAUAGUCAGACGCUUGUGAUGAACUUUUACUCUCUACAAUUGUUAUCCAAAAACAAAAGGUUUAAAAAGGUUUAACCGACCUUGACUUAAAGGGUGCUGUUAGGACGAAUUACUCCUCGUUGUAUCUAAGGAUAACUUCCAAAAGAGUGGAAACGACAGCAGGAUGAUGGCGAUAACAAAUCUAACGGGAAGUGGAACACAUACGAAAACAUUUGACGAAUCGCUAUGUUCCCCACUUUGGUUAGGUGAUUUUAAACAACAGUCCAUUUCAUUCUCAGUAGUCAACAUUCUCCUCUCCAUCACAGCAAUUCUUGGGAAUUCCCUUAUCCUUAUUGUCCUUCACAAAGAAUCUUCCCUCCAUUCACCAUCCAAACUCUUGUAUCGUUGUCUGGCAACAACUGAUCUGUUGGUUGGUCUUGUUAACCAGCCUCUCUAUGCUGCUUACUGGAUGUCCGUGGUUUACGAACACUGGAGUUUUUGUCGAUACGCAAAGGACGCAAUCUUCAUAUCAAGCUAUGUAUUAUGCGGAGUGUCUUUGAUGACGAUGACGGCCAUAAGCGUGGACCGACUUCUCGCCAUGUUGUUGGGACUGAGAUACGAAGAGAUUGUAACUUUGAGGCGCACUCAUAUCAUUUUAGCUAUCGUUUGGGUUGUAUGUCUAGUCGCUGGUUUAUUCUCUUAUCUCAUUUACCGUAUAGGCCUUUGGUACCGCAUCAUAAUUAUACUAUCUGGUCUGGUAAUCUCAGCCGCCUCGUACACGAAGAUUUUCCGCGCUCUCCGUCAUCAUCAGGCUCAAAUACAAGACCAUGUUCAACAACAGCCGAACCAACCAAAUGCACUGGACAUAGCGCGAUACAGAAAGGCAGUGUAUAACGCGAUUUGGAUGCACUUAGCUUUAGUUGUCUGUUAUGUUCCACAAUUUACAGUGAAUAUUGUUAUCUUUCUUAGUGCAAAGAGAUUUUCGAAUUUCUUCUUAAUUUGCGGAAUGGCAACUGUCUUAAUAUUCUUUAAUUCUACUUUAAACCCGUUCCUUUACUGCUGGAAGAUAAGUGAAGUGAGACGAGCAGUAAAGCAGACGAUCAGACAUGCAAUCUGCUUUGCAGAGGGGUAGACCUAUUUUAACGUUGGCAUGUACUGUUUCUUCUAUGAUUUAUAUGGAAAUUAUGAUAUCUUUGAGUUUAACCCGAUUAUCGAAUUUCAUCAUAAUUAGGGGCAUGGCAGAUGUUUUAGUAGCUUUCCUUAACUCGACUUUAAACCCCUUUCUUUGCUAUUAAUUUAAAAGCAUUCCCAUUACCAAUUUCCAAUAUUCAAGGGAAAUACGUGACUCUAUCUCAGGCCGUGUAUACAAAGCUGGUAUUAUGAGAAAACAUUUUAUCAUUUCGUGACAAUCGAGUACGAAAGCUGCUGACACACGCUCUUGAGUACCUAUCACUACUCCUAAUUAAAAAGGUUUGUAUGACAGCUCACCGCCUCAAGUAUUAUUUCCGCGCUUAAAUUUCAUCUGAUGGUCAAAAAAAGAUUUAUGUCAUUAAAAUUCUGAAAAAAAGAAAUAAGUAUAAUGGAAGGAAUAAGACUUUGGUUUAAAAAUUACUACGCUGUUAAAUCUUUUAGGUGGUUUCUUUAACAUUUCCCUUUCAUUCUCGGGACUGUUACUUAUAUUAAAGAUUGAAUAAAGGGUUGUAUGCAAAUUUUGAUGAGUAAAUGAAAAAAAAUAUGAAAAAGUUAACGUUACCAUACAUGUCAUAAAUGAAGGUAUAUUUCAUAGAUGAAAUGAGAAUCAUAUCAAUUUGGUCAGUGAUGUUUAAAAGUUCAAAAUUAUUUACCAGUAUCCGCUAAUUUCCAACCGUGAUUUCUAGAUAUCGUAGAAUUUUGUUCUAAAAUACUCCAAAAAGUUUGAAAAUGCUCGUUUAUUUACUUUGUCUUGCUGAGUCAUGAGCUAAGCCAGGAAAGCUAAGCUGAAACUAAUCUUUAAACAGAAUACGAUGAAACGAUGCAUGAUGUAGAAUGUCACAGGCUGUUAAGCAUAUCUCUAUAAGCAGAACUUAUAGCUGCUGUUGCUGUCACAAGCCUUUUAAACGCUUCCAUUUAGUAAAACAGAGCGAAAAUGGUGCAUGGCACGAUAGUAGCGGUGAAGAGAAAAAACAAGGGAGGCUUGGGUCGGGUUUGGUCGGGUCGUGUCCAGGUCGGUUCAGGUCGGGCCGGUUGAACAUUGUUCUUUACCCAGACCUUAGCCUCACUUUUUUUUCGCUCCGCCGUGACUAUCGCGCCGUUUAUUGGGCUCUUCGUUUGACCGGCUGAACGCUUCCAGCAGGCUAUGUUGUCACUCGAUAAACUGUCACAAAAAAUGCUGUGAUGCAGAAUAUAACUGAAUGCUACAGAUAUUUUCUUCGAAUCAGUAAUAGAACCACCUAUUACGAAAGAGGAAUCGAGAAAAAUAUAUGACACCAUCUGUUGUAUACGUGACAACUUUAAUCGUUAUUAUGGUAGUUUUUCGAAAAAAACCCAUACAAAACAGGGCUAAAUAACAUUGUCUUGGUGACAAGAGACUCAUCGAGAGGAAGUCUUCGAAAUGCUACCUGACCGAGUAGAAUCUGCACUGCAACCUUUGCCGCACGUAUGUGAUCAUAAUUCUGACAAGUUCUGAUAUCACAGCAUUGGCUAAGCACUUCGUCAUUUGUCCAUAGCUUUUAGUAAAGGUUUUCCUUAGUCAAACACUGAUUUUUUUCACCAUUUCUUUUAAAAGAAUGGUCACAGGGAGUAUAAAUUUGUCCCUGUUAUACGAUGCUAUAUCCAAAAUGUCGCUUACCAAUUCGAUUAACAGGCAACUGAGACAAACAGCAUUGUUCAGAAGCAAACUCUCGCCUCAGCACCAGAGACAAUUGGCACACAAAAUGUCUCCGGUGAGAAGAAUGUUUGAAUUCCUUGUUUAUAAUUAAGGAUAACUAGUACAGGUGUGCAUUGUUAAUGGUGUUUACAAAAAAAAAACUUUUCACCGCUACAUCUAUUUUCAAACCUUUUAGGACAAAAAGGAAGAGUUCAAGGCGGUUUGAUCGGUAGAGAGAUUUUCAUGAUCUGAAAGUUCCAGUCAGGUGCAACACAAAGAGAACAAAGAACAAAAAUAUAAAUAUUUUAGGAGUAACUAUGCAUUUGUAACCACACAUUAAUUUUGAAUAGUUUCAUGCAAUCUAACUUUCUAUUUUUCCCAUACCGAUUAUCCUUUUCAAAAAUUGGCAUUAUAGAUGAGGAAAAUAGAAUAACUAAGAUGAUAAAUAUUGAGCACGUUACUGAACUAGAGAAAAAAAAUGUUUUUUGUCUUGUCACGUGCGUAAGACAAUGAAGAAACCUUGAGUCUCCCUUGAGUCUCAGGAAAGUAUUGAUAAUUUUUUUGUUUUUUUGUUUUUUUUUUGUUAUCAUAACAAUCACGGAUGGACGCAAAAGCGUGUUAAUAAGGCCGAUGAACUUCGAUUUUGCUGUGUUGAAAAAUACAGAGGACAAUUACAAGUAAAACGUAUGGAGUAGAUUCAAACUGUUUCGUAUACUUAACUCAACGCCUUAAAUAAAUUGAUCAUGCGUUUUCUUUGCAAAUGAAUUGUUUGCUUAUGGACCAAUUUGAAUCCGAAAAACAAAGAUGAAAUUGAACAUACUUUCAAUAUCCAAAAUUUUUUAGUACGGAUGGUCGGUUUACUUCAUGUUACUAUAAUAAAAGAAGACAGAAUUAUGGAUACGUUUUCUUGUCUAAAUAGUACAUCACCUGUGGAACUGAUGGAAUGAUAAAAAUGUUCCUGGUUUCAAUAGCGCGGCCAUUAGUGUUUGUAUCUUGAAAACCGUUUUCCCCUCUUACCUCGAUAUGAAAUUUGCUUAAUGAAAAUAAAAAUAUAUAUCACUACUUGAAACAUAUCUUUAUAAAUGUUCGAUAUUACAUGACCACUUUCCAUUAUGAACCAGCACGUUAUAAGUAUUGAUCAAAUUUUUACUCGAUCGGAGGCAGAAUAUCUUUAAUUAUCCAUCACAAUCGAAUUCAGACUAGAGUCAUCGUGUUUAACAAAGUCUCUAAGUUAAUUUGAUAUCUGAAGGGGAAUAUUCUUGAAUUAUCGAAUGAGUGGAAAAAGUAUUAGCCCCAAUCAUUUGUCAUGUUUAUUUAAAAAAAAAAAACUCUUCCUCAUCUUAUUUCCAGAUCCACUUUGAAACAAAGGAAAAUAACCGAAAAGAGAAUUAACGCAGAAUACAAUUUCUCGCUCCAGUAAACCAACUUCCACUUUUGAGUUGGAUCAUUUAGAAUAGAAAGGAAAGGAUGAAAAAACAAUGAAAGAAAUUAAGAAGUGAAAUAUGUAUGGAAGAAACUUUGGUUUGGUCAUGUAUUAUUUCCAGCUCUCUUUUUCUUAUUUAGGUUUAAUUACAAUUAGAUGCGACCCGUCUGAAAAGCUGGAGGUUUUCGUCAAACAUUAUAUUAAUGAACGUCUACAAACAUUUAAAGUAAAUGGUUUUUUUAUUAGUUAUAUCCCUUGGUGGUUGGAUUGAGAAUGUUCUUAGGGACUUCUAGUUCAUUUAAAUGAAUGUUUACCACUGAUUUUUCUUUCCAUAUCUGAAGCUGCCUUUUUCUCAAAAAGGCAUCAGGUGUCCUAUUGAUUUCUCUUUGGACAUUUUGCUUUGGUUUCAUCUGUUUUCUCCCAAAUUUGGUGAACUUUUGUGAAAGGCUGCUCUACAAACCUAUCAAGGCUUUAAUUUUUUGGUGAACUAACUCGAAGUUUAACUUCGUUCAAAAUUAUGAAGUUGAUAUGGCAACGUAACUUUGUGAAAACUGAAAUUGCAUAAUCUGUAGGAGAGUUUGUGGGGCGUUAUGUUAGAAAUGUUCUGAAAAUACAAAGUUGAAAAUAGUCGUUGGUGGGGGGGAUAUGAAAUUUAUGGAAAAAGCCUCUAUGAAAAACGUAGUCAAUAAUUAACUUUAUAAUCCAUCAAAUAUUUUUGCUGGCGACAGAUUGGUUUAAAUGCAUCAGGUGACCGAAUAUCCCGGUUAAAAACUGGGGAAUAUCCGAGAAUAUAGCUUGAGUCAUAUUCCCCAAUUUUCAAAACUUAUACGUCCAGUAAGAUUAAAGUCUUUUUUGUAACUUUAUUCAAGAUGAUAGAAAUUUUUUGAUUGUUCCAGAGGAAGAAAUAUGUUUGUUCAUAAAAUUUUACCAGGGAACAUAAAAAGUGAACAUCCUACGUAAGAUUUAAUUUAACGUAAGGGAUAAUAAACAAAAUAACCUGCAAUGACGCAAAAUAUGCUCGUAUGUUAGUCUAUGGCCAUUAUGUGUUCGUAAAAGCACAGUUUUUUUCGAGCUUUGCUCUCAGGAAAGCGUUUGCGACGGGUACUAUCUCUUCCCAACUCCCAUUAAUUUCAUUCAAACGCGACAAUAACAUAGGCAACUUUUUGGUCAGAAGUUCAUUUUAAACUAAUGACAAACUGGAACUUUCAAAAGCGCUCGCUCACGAUGCAAAAUCUUUCCUUUCAUUUAUAGUGUGGGCAAAAUGUUGGACCAAAGAGAUCCAUUACGACUAUUGAUCACUUCACUUCCACCAAUGUCAUUUACUGCAUAACUUGCACUUAUUGCUAAAAGUUAUACAUUUGUGAAAUAGGAAGACGACUAGGUGACCGUUUCUAUGAACACCUUCAUGACGUAGACAGAAAUGACAAGGACGUAUCCAAAUCAGUCGCUAGACGCUUAAAUCUUAUCGCGGCCUUUCCCUACAUCUAGGCGGUUCGGAAAGCCGCAAUAAUCUAGAAAAAAAAAAUUAUCUCUCAAAUCGGCGCUCUUAAUCACCGCGGUAUCAACAAGCGCUUGUGAUUCAACUUAUUUAUUAUUGUUUUCUCGUUAUCAUGCCCCCAUAAAUGGCGUUUCUGCAUCUAAACACUCACACAACCCACAAUUCCUCCAUUCGCUCUGACGAAGGCCUAAUGCUCGAAACUUCAGCUUUGGAAUUCUUUACGGUGGCCAAAUUACCUAGUUCCAGGCUAGGUGAUUUCAGAUUGCAAUGCAUUGUCAUUAAAUUGCAAAAGAAUUUAGUGCAAAAAAAAACUGAUUCACUUGCCGUUUACAGGCCAGGACCACACUUAUUUCAUGCAGCUGGCGUACAGAACCAGAAGCAGAUGGGCGUUGUUUUUUUUUUUCCGCUUUCAUUUUUUUCUGUUUUAUGUUGUGUUGGAAAAUUAACCUAUCACAAAUACAGUUUUAUAUUACCCUUAUUACCAAUUCAAAUUCGCGCACAAAAACCGGUCUUUUUUCUCGUUCGUUCGACAAACCUCACAGUUUACUGAAUAGUCAGGUAGUAGUGAUGAAUUUUCACUCUCUUUAAUUGCUAUUAAAAAACUAAGUUUUAACUGAUCUUGACUCGGAGGUUGCUGUUAAGACGAAAUAUCCCUUGUUUGUAACUAAGAAUAACUCGCAAAAGAGUGGACGCGACAGCAGGAUAAUGGCGACAACAAAUAUAACAGGAACUGGAACACAAUCGAAAACAUUUGAAAGAUUGCUAUGCCCACCGGUUUGGAUAGGUGAGUUUAAAAAACAGUCCAUUUCGUUCUCAGCAGUCAACAUUCUAUUCUCCAUCACAGCAACACUUGGGAAUUCUCUCAUCCUUGUUGCCCUUCACAAGGAAUCUUCCCUCAAUCCGCCAUCCAAACUCUUGUAUCGUUGUCUGGCAACAACUGAUCUGUUGGUUGGUCUUGUUACCCAGCCUCUCUGUGCUACUUAUUGGAUGUCUUUGGUUCACGAACAUUGGAGUCUUUGUAGAUACGUAAGGAACGCAAUCUACAUAUCAGGUUAUGCAUUAUGUGGGGUGUCUUUGUCAACGUUGACGGCCAUAAGCGUGGACCGACUUCUCGCCCUGUUGUUGGGACUGAGAUACAAAGAUAUUGUAACUUUGAGGCGCACGUACAUCAUUUUAGCUAUCUUUUGGGUGGUAUGUCUAGCCCCUGGUUUAUUCUCUCUUCUAAAUUACCGUAUAACCUUUUGGUGCAGCUUCAUAGCUGCAUCAUCUUGCCUAGUUAUCUCAAUCGCCUCAUACACAAAAAUUUUCUGCGCUCUCAGUCAUCAUCAAGCUCAAGUACAAGAUCAUGCUCAACAACAGGUGAGCCAAUCAAUUACUCUGAACAUGGCGCGGUACAGAAAGGCAGUGUACAAUGCACUUUGGGUGCAGCUAGCUUUAGUUGUCUGUUAUGUACCAUAUGUUACACUGAAAAUUGUGAUCUCUCUUAGUAGAGAGCGAUUUCCGAAUUUUAUAAUAAUCACCGAAAUGGCAACUGUCCUAGUGUUAUUUAACUCUACUUUAAACCCGUUACUUUACUGCUGGAAGAUAAGUGAAGUGAGACAAGCAGUAAAGCAGACAAUCAGACAAGUAAUCUGCUAUGCAUAG